CGGGGGAGAGUGCAAGGGCCUAAAAACAGCAGAAACCAGACCCUCUUCAGCUUCCGCAACUCUUCAGCUUGCAUGGUUUUCCGAUCGACAGAUCUCAUUGACCUGAUUCAUUGGACCUAAGAAGGGAACUAGCGCCUGUCAAGGCUCCAUCGUUCAUCACAGGUUCGGCGUAGCUGGCAAGAUCGGCGCGAUCGCGAUGUAAUAGCGCAGAUUGGCGGGUGCUGAUCAAGCUCUGAUAGGCAGUCCGACAGAGCUAUCUGGAGCCCGUCUGCAGCCACUAAGGGCCACAUCUGGAGAGGUCUAGCGCACUACGGGCUGUAGUGCAACCAUCGGGAGGCAAUGGGGUUCAUCAGAAAUGUCAGCCAGCUUGCUUUCCGCGGAACGUUUGUGCUAUAAUCGUGCCCCUUCAUGUUCCGGCACCAUCGGAGUCCUGCUCCAUCGGUUCCCAAGCAUGUUUCUGACCGCUCUGGUGGCAUCUCCCCCUUUAUUCGGUGUGUGGGGGUCCUGCUAGAUUGUGCUUUAUGCUGAUGAUCGCCUGGAUCUUGAUUGGCGUAGUGGACACCACACAGGUCCAUCCCGAAUCACCAGAAGUCUGAGUGGCUGUCAAUGAGCUCGGGGCGGCGAGUGGGUCCGUAGUCCGUGGUUGAAGUGGUGGGAGGCUUGUUGACAUCAUGUUGAUGGUCCACUCGAGGGGGCUGGGGGCAAGGGAUCCCAUGCUGCAGCUUUCUUCAAGGCAGACCUGUAGACUUGAGCGACCGAGUUCUUUCAGGAAUAGUUCACGGUCGCGCUCAUCCACUCACUCCCGCAGGGAUCAACAAGGAUGACCAGCCUAUAUCCAUACCCACCGAUCCCCGCUGAUUGCGAGGAUAGCCUUAAGCCAUCAUCCGGUAGGCUGUCCAUCAACUUACCUAGGGAAUUGACCCUGGUUACCAAAACACGCCAGGACAAGUGGGGCUCACAUGAAGAGGCUGCCGCUCGAGCGCUGAAAGAGCCAACCGUGACUCUCGAAAAUGAACGACUAAUACGAACGCAUCAUCGUACUCUGGGGCCUUGUCCCUUUGUGUAUGAGGCCACCGAGGCCGAUGGAAAGACCAUCUGGGUCGUAAGCGUUGGGCCUAAUGUGCCAAUGUACGACACACAUGCCGGCGGGCGUGAGAUCCACAUUCAUCCGGAGUAUUUACUCCCUCAACUGUCCAAGGUGUAUAGUGGCAGUCGCCCGGAUCCCCUGCGUCGUCGCAUCAAUCCCCGACGGUUUCUCACAGCUUCAGAUAUGGAGUUGUUGCGUCGAUUUUUCCCUGCAGCCGUUGGGGCUCGAGUGCUCAUCGCGGGAUUCAUAAUCGUCUUGUUUCGCACUCGCAAGGAUAUCGAGGCCUCGUGGUUGGAAGGAUGUGUGCCAUCCUUUGGUCUGCUGCGACUAGGGUAUGGAAUUGCGGUCCACUACCCAACGGUCGCUGUCGCCGACAGUGGCAAUGCAGUCGCUGGCACGCCCGAGAACAGCGAAUCUAUCACAUCCUUGGGUCUGAAAUUGCGAUUCGCAGAUGAUUCACUGGGCAUUGCGGUUGCAACUCACGGUUUUGUUGAUAUGAAAACGGCACAACGAAAUUUUGCGCACAAAGAGAGGAGCUGGCUGACGAAAACCAAGUCGAAAUUUUCUAAGGCAACGGCGAUGAAAAUCAAGGAAUGUGUUAAAAUGGGAGCUGCAGUCGAAUCGCCACUGGGAAGAAGCGUGUGGUUUGUCCAGGAGCCGAAAGAGAAAAUUGGCCAUGUCACGACGACGUACGACCAUCACGUUGCGCGCUCAUCCACUUUCCCCCAGACGAUUGAUCAUGACAUCUCAAUUGUCACAGGAGACCAUCUCCCUAAGGUCUUGAAUCCGCCACGCGCACCCCGAAUUACCGGCUGGGGCAACUAUUGCGACGCAUUGGAUGGCCAACUAUCCUUCACGAUGACACUUAGCGCAUCGAGCGAGACAUCCAAGGAGAAGAGUCGCAUGGAUCCGUUUGGCACCAUGCAAAAAGCUGCUGUCGAGGGAUCAGAAUAUCUCUGGAAUAGAAAGACACGUACCCAAACGGCCGCGCUACUGUGGCGAGCGAUGCACGACGGCACCGAGAUGGAAGGACUCUCCGGAUCGGUACUGUGCCUGGGAGAACCGACAGAUGCUAAGUGUCGUGCGGUAUUAUUUAAGCAAUUUGAGACACCAAUCAGCCCCCAGCAUUUUCAUGUGAGUGGCGUGGCCUCUGCUCGCGGUGACUCUUCAUGGUCGAGUAUCAAUGGGGGCUUUGUACUUCCCCUGGAGAUCCGCACGGCUGAGAUUAUCUGCGAGACGGAAGAGUCUACAGGACUGCCGCUAGAGGAUCAAGUAUGGGAUAUUGAGUAACGAGGCCAGAUCAGGCAGGCUACAGUCAAUUGGUCAAAGUAAGGAUAGGGAGUCAUUCCUGGAAGGCCGUAUCCUGAUAUACUGAUGCUCUCAGCAUCCAUCUUCAGCCCUUGUAUCUAAAACAUGAGUUUGGCUUCACGCACACGGUCAAAAGCAGUAUACCAGGAGCUCUCGGUACUCAAUUCGCUGUUGAAACCCAGAGCCCUAGCCUUGCUCAAAUCCAAAUUGCGGUCAAAGUCCAUGAGUUUCAUCACACUUCCUCUCGAGCCAGUGUUCCGAAUGCUGGUGUACAUGAUGUCUUCCUUGAGGCCACGGUCCUGGCACAAGGCCUGGAACUUCUCUUUGUGGCGCUCAACGUACUCGGGCCCGGUCACGGCAUCAUCGCUUGGCCCAACGCCCUCCAGCCCAAAGUACGAGGCGAGGAUUGGCCAGCGCUUUUCCCAUGACAAAGGCGUUGCAUUAUCACCGAUGUUGAAAGCUUGACCGUGAACCUUCUCUCGGGGCUGGAGAGAGGCAUGGAUACAGAACUGUGCAAUGAUAUCCUGGUUGGAAUCGGUCGACAAGAGUUUCCAGCCAGCUUCGGUGCCAGGGAACGCGACCCGAGCUCCGGGUCCUUCGAGGGCUCGGUAAAGUCCCAGGAAAAUUCCGGUGGUUUGAGCGAUGCAGUUAGCAUUUCCGAAUGGGGCAACGCCAAUCUAGAAUACAGUCAAUAUAGGGUGGUUUGUUGGAAUCAUCGUAGAAUUCCCUCGCCUUGGUCAAACGUACAAUGAUAUCCGGCCGAACCUCGCA